AUGCCGUGCCUUAACAUCUCCACCAACGUUACCCUCGACGGCGUCGAUACCUCUUCCAUCCUCUCCGAAGCUACCUCUUCCGUCGCCAAAAUUAUCGGCAAGCCUGAGAACUAUGUGAUGAUUGUGUUGAAAGGCUCAGUACCUAUGGCAUUUGGUGGCACCGAGGACCCUGCCGCUUAUGGUGAACUUGUCUCCAUCGGUGGCCUUAAUCCCGAUGUCAACAAGAAGCUCAGCGCUGCGAUCUCCGCCAUCCUAGAGACUAAGCUCUCAGUACCCAAAUCUCGUUUCUUCCUCAAGUUUUACGACACCAAGGCAAGCAAGCACUUUCCCUCGCUGUUUGAUGCAGUUAACAUAACAUAA